UAAAACCGUAGCAAUUGUCUGACCAUUGCCUCUCUAAACAUGGAAAGACAAAUACUUUCCUGGAUGAUGAAAUACCCUUGGCCCUCAAGCUCUCGGUUCGUAGUGAUGCCCGUGGGAGCUGUCUGCCGUCGUAUCCGAUGAACCUGGGUGGGUGGUGGCUUAUGGCAGUGUGGACGCUUCACAGAUAUUAUUCAUACAGAAAGGUGAAUAAAUACCCAUCUUCUUUCUUUUCGGCAAAAGCCCAAAGGAGCAAACCGGGAGCACCUUCAAAAAUCGCUUGUACGAAGAUGAAGCCUCUUGGUGCACUCGCUACGGCGCUGCACGUCUUAUUACGUGCCUCUUUGUCUCAAGCCCUCUCGUCUGCAGACAGUGCUUUUCCUCCGUUGCUCGACGCUACUCUCGCUGACCUGCGCUUUGGGUUGGACAAUAACCACUUCACCAGUGUCGAUCUCGUCCAGGCCUACAUUGAUAGGAUCUCAGAGGUGAAUCCUGACCUAAAGGCCGUCACUGAGAUCAACCCAGAUGCGCUCUCGAUUGCCUUGGAGCGUGACACGGAGAGACGGGCGGGAAUAGACCCUGCCAAGCAGCCUCUCCAUGGCAUACCUAUCCUCCUCAAGAACAACAUUGCCACAGACGAUGAGAUGAACAACACUGCUGGGUCAUAUGCACUGCUGGGAGCCAGAGUUCCCCAUGACAGCACCAUUGCCUCCAAACUACGCAAAGCGGGCGCCAUCAUCCUUGGUAAAGCCAACCUUUCGCAAUGGGCUGCCUCUCGAGAGGUAGUCUUGCACGAAGGUUGGUCGGCUCAUGGUGGCCAGGCAGUUGGCGCAUACUUUCCAAAGCAAAAUCCCAGGGGCUCAUCAUCGGGGAGUGCCAUCGCCGCCUCUCUCGGUCUUGCUUGGGCAGCUGUUGGUACAGACACGGGCGGAUCAAUCCUCAUGCCCGGUCAUGCGAAUAACGUCGUCGGGUUCCGCCCCACGGUGGGACUAACUUCGAGAUAUCUGGUGAUUCCAUAUUCGCUGAGGCAGGAUACCGUCGGUACCUUGACUCGGACCGUUAAGGAUGCUGCGUAUCUCAUGCAAGCCAUGGCUGGGCCUGACAAGCGAGACAACUACACGGAUGCUAUCCCUUUUGACACGAUACCGGACUAUGUUGCGGCAUGUUCGAAUUCAGGUCUCAAGGGCAAGCGGCUCGGCGUGUCCCGCAACACAAUGGCGGCAGAUAUCGACCCGUCAGCAAACACUGACCCGGAGGCAUUUGAAAAAGCUCUGGAUGUGCUUCGCGCAGCUGGAGCAGAGAUUAUUGACAAUAUUGAUUUGCCCUGCAACAACGCCCCUACCGACCAAACCAAAGGGCGCAGAAGUAACCCAGCGUCCGACAACUCCCUAGCUGCCGCCAUGGCUGCCAUCUUUGCCAUCGUCGGCGCCGACUUUUUGUCUAGCUUGCCGGAAAAGUACCUCAGCCUCCUGAAAGUAAAUCCGAACAACAUCACUUCAGUCAGGGAUCUGCGAAAUUUUACCAGGGACGAUCCUCAAGAGGGAUUCCCGCGGUUUGAUACCACAGCAUGGGAUACCUUUCUCAAGCUUGGCCUCACCAACACGGAUCCGACUUACUGGUCCAACGUUACUGCAGCCACAGAGUUUCUCGGACCGCAGUGCUUCACAGGAGCGCUGGAAAAGUACAAGCUGGACGCAAUGGUUCAUCCGACGCCGUACUCGGUCGUCAUGGCAGCCGGUCUGGGACUUCCCGUCGUCAGUGUGCCGCUGGGCCGCGCUCCUGAUGAUUCCCCCAUCGUUCCAUCAGAUAGGGGAAAAUUGAUGCUGUCGGCUCCCAACGGUCCGUUCGGCAUCGCCUUUUCCGGCCCGGCGUUUAGUGAAGAGAAGCUGUUUGCUAUGGCGUACGACUUUGAGCAGCGUACAAACGUACGUACGUCAAUCAAGCCAUUUAUUGCACCCACGACGGAACUAGCGCAUGUCGUGCGGAAACGAUGUCUGCGGGAUCUAAGAGGUGCCUGUGGAAAGGAAUUCAAAUAAAUUCGGUGAAAUAUUGGUGAAUUGAGUGCAAUACGGCAAAUGCGGCUAUUUGCUUUUUCGGCGAUGAAGAUCUGUGUUUGUUGAGUCGAUAGUCCUGCGUACGGAGUAGUGCUUGUGAAGCCGUCCAGUAGUGAAUAGGAAAGUAAUAAACUCUGUCAACCACCCGU